AUGCAGCAGAUUUGUGACAUCCCACCACUAUCGUCAGCGACAGUACCAGCCCUUCGUAAUUUCAUCGACAUCGUUAACGUAAAUCUUCGCGCAAUGCAGUCAUUGGCCACAGCCCAGCAAAUAGGUGAUGGAAUUUUGUUGUACUUAGUGUCGAAAAAGCUAGAUGCACCCACGCUUACACGGUGGGAAGAGGAGGUAUCCGCCAAGUGGAAUCCCUCUCAGUUAUCACAACUGCGGAUGCCAACAUGGGCCGAUCUCGCCACAUUCUUAGAAAGCCGUUGCCAGACUUUCAACAUGCUGGAGGCAACUCAAUGUGUCAAGACUCUAUCCACUAAAAAACCACUACCGAAGAAGAAUCAGCACGCCUUUGUAACCACAGCAGCUACAACAAAAUGUGUACUAUGCGAUGCCAGCCCAUACCACAGUCCAUUCAACUGCGAGCCAUUCAUGAAGAUGGACCCUGUCGAGCGAUAUCUUCGAGCAAAACGGCUGCAUUUAUGUCUUAACUGCCUUGGUAGGAACCAUUACUCUAGUGCAUGCCCGUCUCUUCGUAGAUGCCAGCACUGCAAGGUGAGUCACCAUACUUUACUGCAUAGGACAUACGGCGAAGAUAAGUCAGCAAACAACAAAAAUGCAGACAGCAAACAAACAGCGCUUCAAGCCGUCAAAUGCACAGGCGAAGUCAUUCUCGCCACCGCCCUCGUUCGGCUAUUUAAUUCUGCGGGCUCCUCAGUCAUCGCUCGUGUUCUGCUAGACUCGGGCUCGCAGCUAAACUUCGUAACAGAACACAUUGCGCAGCAUCUUCGCCUACCUCGUUCCAAGCGUAGUAUCGAGGUAAUAGGCAUCGGCACAGCUACAAAAAAAACUCAGCAGAUGUGUUCUGUAGAGCUGAAGUCACUUCACACCGCCUUUGCUACGAGCAUCGAAGCUAUGAUUCUGCCAUCAAUAACGUCACAUCAGCCAGCCAAUCACAUCAACUUCGACUCAUGGAAAUUUCCAAGAAACAUCACACUAGCUGAUAGCACAUUUCACAAACCUGGUGGCAUUGAUUGCCUCAUUGGUGCAGGCAUGUUUUUCGACCUUUUGCUGGUGGGCCAGAUCAAGCUUCCCAACACCUCUUCUGUACUCCAAAAAACUAAGCUGGGAUGGAUUGUGUCUGGAAUAGCCCCGCCAUUAUCGUCUUCGUCACCAUCAUCAUUGCAUACAGCCUCGUCGUUACCGUUUUCGUUGUACAAAUCAUUCAUAGCUGUUAGCAAUCAUCCUCAACUUGAUCAUCUGCUCGAAAAAUUCUGGACUCUCGAAAGCUACAACGAGUCUUCAAGGUUUUUGUCAGCGGAAGAAAGGGCCUGCGAGAAGUUUUUCGAAGCCACAACCACAAGAUGCCCUGUCACCAAUAAAUUCAUCGUGCGCUUGCCAUUAAAGGAAGAUCCACAGACGCUAGGCCAUUCAUACGAGACUGCCCUUAAAAGGUUGCUCGGUCUAGAGUAUAAAUUCGCACGCAAUCCGUCGUUGUUGAAGCAAUAUUCUGAGUUCAUGGGUGAGUACGAGUCCAUGAAACACAUGACUGAACUUGAGAGCAACACGAAAGGGCGCUAA